AUGUCGCAGCAAGCUUCACUCCAGUCCUUCUUCACCCAGUCUUCCCCACAAGGGACAGCCCCCCCACAGAACAGGAACACUCAGGAUCCCGACCCAACCCCAUCCGGACAACAGGAGCAGGAAUUUUCCUCGACCUUCGCAACAGAAUCUGACUACAAUGACCCCUACCAACCGAGAAUUGACUAUCUCUAUCCGAGCACUGUCCCCCAUACUACGCACACCCAGACAGACCUAAACUACAUCACCUGGGCCAUUAGACAUGCAACCAGCCGGAUCUGCCCACCAUCCGACAGGAUCGAAAUCCUCGAAGAGCAAUCGAUUACACUCCGGAGAACAGUGGAAACACUGAAACACCAAAUCGAGGCACAGACAAUGAUGAUUACCAACAUGCACUGGGCGAUCCAUUCUCUCCUCAACAAACCCCAACCGCAGCAACAUCAGCAACAGCAACAACCACAACAACCGCAACAGAGACAAAGAACGGCCCCUCCAGCGGUCCCCCAAACAAUCCCCCAAGCAGCGCCACAGGCAGCUCCUCAGGCCCCCCCACCCACACCUCCCCAACAAGCCCCACCCUGUGGAUGGAAAGCAGGCACCUGGGCCACCGUGGCCUCGGCAGCCGUCCCUGUUCAGAAAUUCCAGGUGGUCGAAAGAAAGAAGCCUGCAAAGCCAAAAGCGGAUCCCAUCUUUAAACCAGAGUACACCAAAAUCAACAGAGAAAUCAUUGUUGAAACCACUGCCCUAUCCGACGUCAACCCCUCCGAAAUCAGGUCCCUGGUCAACGCAAGAAUCCAGGACGAUUCCUGCCACUUUAUCUCAGCAAGGAGAACAGCUAAGGACAACUUCAUCCUGGAAACAAAAUUCAUUACCCCCGCAACAAAGGCAAUGGAAUAUGCCAAAGAAAUUGAGGAGGCCCUCCUCACCCUACAAGUACCGGUCGCCAACAUCCGUGCAAACUCCAAAUGGUCAAAGUUCCUUCUCCAUGGAAUCCCCACAACGGUCGGGGAGGGCAUCGAGGCAGGACAAUUGGUAGCAUCCGAAAUCAGAAGUAACUAUGGAGAAAACUUCCAACUUGCCCAGGUUCCCCGCUGGAUCUCCAGAGCAGAGACUCGAAUGGAGAAAACACACUCGUCAAUGGUCAUCGCGCUCCCAGGACAAAUCACAACGGAAACACUAGGAGUUAAAUUCCUAUCUCUUUUUAACAGAAGCUGCCAUAUCGAGGCCUUCCUCCCAACCUUCCCAGACACCCAGUGUGCGAAUUGCCUCGAAUAUGGCCAUCGCCAGGAGAAAUGCAAGAACAAUGGGAAAUGCGGCCACUGCGCCGGAGACCACCUCACCAGCUUCCACCCAUGCAAUGAAUGCCAGGGAGGAUAUAAAUGCACCCACACCCCAAUCAGAUGUCUGAACUGUAAAGGAAUCCAUAAGGCAUCCGACCCAGCAUGCCCCGAAAGGGUCAAACGCCGAUUCCUCAACAAAGGAAAGGAAAACGCCCCACCCGCUCAAGACCCACCUGCCGCACCCGUCCAAGAGUUACUUCCAAUAGUCCAAGUACCAGCUACCGCCCCGGUCGGAGCCACACCCGUUCCCGAAGACGACCAACACAUGACGAAUAAUGCCUAG